AUUUUGGCCAAUCUUCAAACGAAAGGUAGAAACAGCGUGCUAAACUUGUAGGAAGUGGAGCGAUUUUUAAAAAAAUGCAUCAUUUUGGCUCUGGUAUUAAGCUUUGUGAUGAUUUGCCACACACCUAGCCAUAGCUAACUUAAGCGAGCAUGCAGUUUGUUUAGCCUACUCCUCCAAAAGUACGGGUUUUGCUGCUCUUUUGCGGACAUGUCGAUUGUAUUUGAAAAUGAUAAAGGGUGGCUUUUGGACGCAUGUUCACUCAUAGACCAGGGACACGCACGAUGCAUUUCGCAGUCUAAAGCAGAUCGACAGCGUUAUUUUAAAUGUCGUUUCAAACAGCAAUGUUUUCAGAUUUUAAAGUGUCAUUUUAAUAUGAACCCCGGUAAUACUGAUCUGCAAAAAACCUUAGACAAUGUGUCCAAGGCAGAAAAUGAGACUACGAGUAGAGUACCAUCAAAGAAAAGAAAACGGAAACGCAGUGAUCUAAACCAAGGGGAAAUUGACUCACUGUCUUACCACGUCAAGGUUAGACCGUUCAUAGCUGAGGGAACCAAAUCCCUGGUGGAUGCUGGUCUGUCCUGUGGAUACCUAAAUGGAGAGAUGGGCCCACAGGGGCCCCAUCCCUUUCAGGAGUGCAACCUGGCGGCACUGUGUGACUUGGCUAAAGUGCUCCCUCUUGUGUCUGACCCUGACAAGGAUACUCAACAGGUACAGUUUGUUGACUCUGAGGAUGACAGUGCAGCACAGGUGGACCUGUUCACACGGGUCACAGAGAACCGUAUGGACUGUGCCAUGGAGGUGACACUUAUGAGGGAGAAAUACAUCAUACCCCCACAAUGUUCCUUCCUACUCUCCGAUUUCACCAGAAUGCAGCCGUUGGUUGACCGUGAACAGACAUAUGAGCUAAUUGUUCUGGAUCCGCCAUGGGAAAACAAGUCUGUGAAAAGAAGUCGCAGGUACAGCUUUCUGCCUUCCACCCAGCUCAAACGCCUCCCCGUGCCCUCGCUAGCCUCCCCAGGCUGUCUAGUGGUCACCUGGGUCACCAACAGGCCCAGCCACCUGCGCUUCGUCAGGGAAGAGCUCUACCCACAUUGGGGAGUGAAAGUCCUAGCAGAAUGGCUAUGGGUCAAGGUCACAAGGUCCGGUGAGUUUGUGUUCCCCCUGGACUCUCAGCAUAAGAGGCCUUACGAAGUGCUAGUUCUGGGUCGAUAUCAUGGAAACAGCACAGAAUCCCCCAGUCCUUCAAAGACAUCCAAAAUCCCCGUGGAGGACCAGCGUGUUAUUGUCAGUGUCCCAUCCGUCCUGCAUUCCCAGAAGCCAUCACUCUCUGAGGUGCUGAAGCCGUUUGUUGGAGCGGACGCUAGCUGCCUGGAGCUGUUUGCCCGCAGCUUGCUGCCGGGCUGGGCCUGCUGGGGUAACGAGGUGCUCAAGUUUCAGCACGUCAAUUACUUCAACAUUGAGGCGACUGAAGAACCCAUAGAGCAGCAUGCAGAGACUUCCACAGAAUACCCGGUAGAGAAGCCUCCAGAGGCUUCCACAGAUGAAUCCAUAGAGCAGCCUGCAGACACGGAAACCCCCUCCUCGUAUUCCUCCCACACUGGUCUAAGAAACUAACUAUUGUGCUGUCAGGGCUUUUUGUACCCAAGUCCCAAUUUGUUUUUGUAAAGUUUCUGUGAGCGCUCGAACAUCUUUAUCUCUGUUUCCUCUUUUGAUCUGUGAUUUCUGUUUUCUGGGUCGUAGUUUGUUUGCUUGGUGCUGGAUCACAGAACCGAUGGUGUGAUAUAGAGCUGAGAUGAAAGUGAAAUCUCUCCUGUGCGCAAAUCAACUUUAUGUAAGGAGCAAAAUCCUUGAGUUCAGAAUCUCAGCUGUCAUAUUGCCCUCAACAGAACAGUUUUGACUUUGCUGCUGCAGUAAGAAUGGGAUGGAAGGAAAAACUACUGAAUGUUUAGAUAAUAAUCAAGAUUAAUCUUUUUACAUACUUUAUAUUAUCGUUGUGAUUUUUUUUUUUUAAACAAUAGUUUUCAAUAAAUAAAAAUGCCAA